AAACAAACAAGUACGGUAAAACAAUCCCUGGUGCAAUUGGCUAUAAUAAAAAUUGUUUCCAUUAGACCAAUCGCGUUCUCUUGAUAAAAGGUUAAAAAAUCGACAAAAAUAUUCAAUCUAAUCGCUGAUGUCAGAACCGAAUAAAGAACAGAGUUCAACAAGACGGACGUGGAGAAAAUUCUGAACGUCAACUGAAAUAAUUCAAGUAAAAGUAGUAUAAUUUCACCUUUGAUCUAAUAAAUGAACAAGAGCAAAGUUAAAGCAUAAUAAGAGAUCUCUGUCUAACAUCGUUAGUCUAUUGGUCCAGUUUAAUUUGUACUGAAAGACUAGCUAAAAUACAUCAGAACAUGUUAAAAGGAUAUCUCAAAGGUGUUGUAGACCUAGUGAACAAUCUAACUGAACCAGCUGGUUCAGACGAAAAUCUAACUUCUGGUGAUACUCCGGAAGUUCUUGGGGAAGGAUGUAAAGAUCAGGAUAACGGUAGUUCCAAUAGACCACGAACACUUAAUUCUGUGCCCAACUCACAGAGUGUUGACAAUUCAGAAUCAAGUAGUGUACUCAGUUGGAUUACAAAUUUAAUAGCAGCCAAUGGUGAGAACUCCAUGUUGUUCUAUAUGGACUCGCUUGCAUCUAUGGGGAUAAAUCCAAAUGAUGAUAAUGAAAAACAAGCUGAUCAGGAAUCUGAAAAAUCAUUAGUUAUAACCGAAGAUAUUUCGAAAAUUGAAGUACCUGAAGUGUCUAAAUCACAAGAAGAUAACAAAUUGAUAACGCAUGAUAUAAAUUGUGAUUGGACGGAUAAAUUUUCAGUCAAAACUUCCCAUGUUUGGGAACAGAUUAAAAAGGAUUUUAAUGAAGUUGUUCAUUCUGUCUCUGAACCAAAAGAUGUUGUAUAUCGUACUGCUUUUUCAGUUCGUGAUCGUAUCACAGCUGCUGCAAAUACAGUAAAGAACCUAAAUCCUAAUGAAUUUCUGUUGCCGGAUAAUGAAUCGGAAACUGAUCAACAGUUUACAAAGACGGAAAAUAUCGUUAAUGAUGACUUAACAGCCUUACCACCGGCAUUGCCUAGCUUCACAAACAUUAAACAAGAUGUAUCCCAGUUGGUCGAUUCUUUAUAUAACGGUAUAAUGUCGACUGGCACGUAUUUCGGUUUAAUAACUGGAGAAAAUCAGUGUAAAGAUAAAAGUAAACACCAAACUCGUCUUGAUUUACUUAGAGCAGAUCCUGCAACAUAUGAAUUGGAACCACCAACGCCUCCAGCAUCGUCUGGUAUACAUUCAUAUCAUGAUUGGAGAUCAGCGUAUUUUGAUGAAGAUAAUUGUCAACCAAUGAAUGGUGUCCUGUUAGCGAAUGCUAAGAGUCAUGAAUAUAGUAAUGUUCCAAUUGAAGAACUUACACAAGCACCACAUCCUAGUCCUGAAGAAUUAUUAGAUUCAUAUCCUUUUAUGCGAACAUAUUUAACUCAACUUGUUCAUCCAGAUGGUAAAAUUAAUGAUAAAUCUAUGAGUGAUGCCGAUUUCUGGUCAAGGUAUUACUAUCGUGUAUGGUUAUUGGAUUCAACUGAAUUUCAUAGAAGAAAACUUAAUGAACGAGUUGAAUUUGUCUCAACUGUCAAGCAAACAAUACCGAAUGAAUCUACUCGGUAUGCUAAUGAUACCGAUGAAACCUGUAAAAAUCUAAAUGUUACUCAAGAUGAUGAAUGGCCAGAUAGUGAUGAUCAUACAACCGUGGAGAAUGAAUCAGAAAUUUCAAAUGAUGAAUUCAUCACAAAAUACUGUAAUAAUGAUACUACUAUUACUAGUACCAGAAGUGAUUCGCAAUGCAGUAGUAGAUUUUUCAAUCAAAACAAUAGCAUUGAAAAGAAAAUCCGCCGUAAUAGUGAUAGUAGUAGUAGUAGUACUAAUAAUAAUGAUAAUGAGGAAUCAAAUCACGAAAGCAAGUCUAAAAGAAAACAUAGUUACAAAAAACCAUUGAAUAAAAUCAAACACUUGAGGAAGUUAAGUUGUAACAAGAAAGAAAACUUGUCGGAUAAUCUUAAACCGGACAAUAUAAAAGUCGAAUGUUUAUCUACUCUACCGACAGAAGACCAAAAUUCAACAAAUGUCUCGUCAGAUUUUGAAGAAAUGACAUCUGGUUUAUCAUCAGUUGUGAUACUUGCAGAUGAAGUGGAAAAUGAUGAAAUGACAACUGCAAAAGCAUUUACAACAGAUAAAUCAACCGUCCAUUCUUCUGAAAGGUCUACUAUUGAACAUAAGGCAUCAAUUUCUGAUGAUGAAGCUUGGAGUGAUUCCGAAAAUGAACGUAAAAAUUACUCACUGGAUAAAACCAAUAAGAAGUCCACUGAAACUAAUAAUAAUAAAGACGAGACCGUCACAAUUAAGAAUUCUGAGCUACAAUUAACUGAUGAGGUUUGUGUGUCUAAUUGGAUUUGCCCUUUGGUUAUAUAACGUCAUAGUAUAAUAGUGGAGCUGUGGUUUAUUUAGUUUAUGGAGAUCGUUAAGUUCAUCGAAAUUUACAUCACAAACUGAUGUUAUUUAGACAACUGUUGAAAACUAAGUAUUUCAUAGUAGUGUGCAUCCACGACUCCACCAGGAAUCGAAUUGAAAACCUCCAAGUGUCCCAACUGAUCUUUAACAUUGCUAGAGGUAUACAGAUUGGAUGUUCCGUACAAGAUUGUGUUGAGGACGCUGGUUGGCUAUUUCUUUACCAAUCGGCGCUAGCGGAGACUUGGAGAAGACUCUAGGAUCUUCUUAUGUAAAAAUUAUAAAUAUACUAACGUUUGUCCUAUUGUGAUCCCUACUUCCAUCUAACCAUUUUUUAUUUGGAAUAUGAUUACGUUCCUAUGCAGUCGUGUUCUGAUUUGGAGAUUUGUCGAGAGAAGUAGUGUCUAAGAAUAUCAAGCAAUAGGAGCAGCUAGGUCGUAAUAACAGAAAUUAUAACAAGCAUUUAGACCAUUGAGGUGGUGUCUAGUGUUUUACAUUUGUAACGUCAGUCUAUUCGUUAUAUUACCCAUCUUGUAAUGUCAUUGCUAACACUCGACAUAACCGAAAUUUGCUGGCCAUGGCUUCUCACUAGAACUUGGGGGAAUAACUACUCGAAGUUUGUAACUAAUGCGUGUAAGGGACUAGGAUAAAGCAGUUGUCAAGUUUUUUCUUAGUUUCCAAUGUUUAUCUAAGGCCAUUUAGUGAUUUUAACGACAAUAAAUCCUACAAUCUCUGUAAACCUUACACUAACAGUACAUUCAUCGAGCAUUUCAAUAAUCGAUUUAGUUUCGCCACUAAUCGAUUUGUUUAUGUUAGUUAUGAUUCACAUCAUUUUUCAGUUAAACUGAAUCCAUAAGGUAAACUAUCCUGUCCUUAACUUUGUAUUUAAAGCUUAGAACAUUUUACUUUAUCCGACUCAUUAUCACUAAUUGUUCAAUGAAUCAUACAUAUGUAUAUUGACAGUAAUCUACUGAUCAUAAUUAUUUUUAUCUAAAUUUAACUUUAGAUUGAUGAUUGGGAGAAUUGGUCAUAAAAAUAUAAUUAAUCCCAUAAUAUUACAUUGCUUGUUAGUUGCAGCGAUUCAUACUAUUAUUAACUAAUUUUGUUGUUUCUUUUUAUUGUAAACUGACAUUAAUCUGUGUGAUAGAUAACAAUAAUGACUAUAGCAGUUAGUUAAAAAAUCAAUAAAAUAAUGUGAAGAUUCUGUUCUUGAUCACAAGAAAACUGACAACAAAAUAGCCUAAAACGACCCAUCAUUUUUAUGAAGCAUGGGUACGAUUCUGCAAUAGAUGAAUGAUAAUGAUGUUUACGCUUACUAUAUUUUAGAAAUCUUGUUUAUUUUUUCAAUUGUACUUUUCUAUAUCUAACCAUAUGAAUGAUGAAUUUUUUUUAUUUCUCAAACUUUGUCGUCUGCCAAAAGUUAAUUGAUUUUGAAUUUAUUUUACUAUUUUAGUUGGUUGUAGUAAAUUGUCAAUUUAUCGAGCUAUUACACUGUCAUCAUCAUAUUACUUAGAUGUCAUGAUUUUAUCCUUUAAGAAAUCUAUUUCAUCGAUCAAUUUUUUUUCCCAAAAAUAAAUUAUUUCUUACAAGCGAUUGAAAUUAUUACAAAGAACAAUUGUUUGUUGAAUAGAAGUGUAUAUAUCGCCUUGCACACUGUUGCAUGUGCAUGUAGCAAUCAUUUCUAUUAUAUGAAUAAAAUCAACAAUACACAGACAUUU